AUGCUCCUGGCUCUGUGCGUAGGUUUCGGCCAUCUCACUAAGCAGUUGAUGAAGCUGGCUGGCGGCCGUGUGGUUUUGGCACUGGAAGGAGGUCACGACCUCACCGCCAUCUGUGACGCAUCCGAGUCCUGCGUGGCUGCAUUGCUUGGAGACGAGUUGGAUCCUGUACCACUGACAGUGCUUCAACAGAAACCGUGUCCAAAAGCCACAGCCUCUCUAGAGAGGGUCAUUGAGAUUCAGAGUAAACACUGGACGUCUGUGCAGAGGUUGGCUCCUACAGUGGGCCAGUCUCUACUGGACACUCAGAGACGGGAGAAGGACGAGGCAGACACUUUGACCGCCAUGGCCUCUCUCACUGUGGACAACGAUCAGCAAAAGACCUCCACAGAAACCAGCAGAUCAGCAGAGGAGCCCAUGGAGGAGGAGCCCGUGUUGUAGAAGACCGAGUACAGUGCAUCACUGCUCCAACCUUCUUGUCCACGCGUGCUUGGCACUGGUCACGCCUCAUGUUCCUCCUCCCAGCUCUUUGAUUGGUUCCCUCGGUCCUUCACUCAUUUCCAGGUGCUUGACUGACACAUUCACAGCCCACCCACUUUCGCUUUUCUGAGGUUAAAGCAUAGCAAACUGUUGCCGAAAGGGGAUGACAAGGCAUGAUGGGUACUUACAGGACCACUCCAAUGAGGGUUGCGCAGCUGGAAAGGCCGAACAAUGGAGUGCUCUUCAGAGAGAGGCCUUUGAUUUCAUUUUCUCAUUGUAUUGAACUGAGGACGUAAAGAAGAAAAUGCAAAAAAAAAAAAGAAGAAGGGGAAAACAUCAC